UGUGCGUACAGAAUAUAUCCGUGGUAUUAUUCUGUUCAAUAAUGUAUUGGAUACACUGGUUGUAAUAUUAUUAAUAUACGAGAAGGAAAAUAAAAUUAUUGUUGAAUGCUAUAUGUAGUGGAGCGGUAUGUUUUAUUUUUUAUAAGACAUUUCUUGGUCUAUUUGUAUCAGACUAUUUUUAUAUCUAUAAUUUGCUUUUUUUAAGAAGGUUUUUGUUAUGACAAAAGUGAUUCCUUUUAUAAUUUAAGGUUUUUGUCAAGGAGAAAAUAAGAGGAUUAAAAUGAGACCAUAUACAGCGGGAACUUAUUUAACCGGUACAAGUGUUCUUAUUUGCCUAGUUUUUUUGAUAUACAGGAAUCAGACUCGCCCCUUGUCUGAUGAGCAUAAACCUGUUGACACAAAUGAAAUUAUUUUGGAAAAAGUAAUUUCUCAAGAUCAUAAAAAUACCGAUCAUUCUGAAAAGUUAAAACCUAUGACUAUAUAUAUGAAUCGAAACAGUUCGUUUGAUUAUAAGGCUGCCAUGAUGAAACUUAACAAAGCAAAAGUAAGCCAAGACGACCCAAUGCUGGUGAAGUUGAUUAGAGAUUAUUACAUCGAGCCACCUUCAAACGCACCCUAUAACCUCCAGAAUCCAGAAAAAAUGGAGUUCUCAAAUGGACAGACACCUUUUGUUGAUAGCAGAUUAAAUUACAUAGAGCGUGGAUUUUACAUAGAAUGUGGAGCUUUGAAUGGGGAGAAGGGAUCAAACACACUUUUCUUUGAGAAAGUAAGGAAAUGGAAUGGUUUACUGAUAGAGGCAGAUCCAGAAAAUUAUAAAGUUUUGAAGACCAAAAACAGAAAGGCGUUCACUAUGCAAGCUUGCUUAAAUCCACAACCAUAUCCAGCAGUGAUGACGUUCAACAAAGCUUUUAAUAGAGGUCGAGUCGUCCACGACCAAGAAGCCAAGAAUUGGAUAAAGAAGCAAAAUAUUCCUAAAGACGAGGUUCAUAUUCAGUGUUUUCCCCUAUAUUCCAUUCUCCUAGCCUUAGAUCAGUUGACAGUAGAUUUUUUCAGUCUAGAUGUGGAAGGAGAUGAAUUAAAUAUAUUGAAGACAAUUCCAUGGGGUGAGGUGAACAUUAAGAUGUUAACAGUAGAGUACGUUCAUGAUGUUGGCUCAUCAGCUGGAUUAAAGAGCUACGUUGAGAAACAAGGUUAUGAUUCAAUGCUAAAGGUCUCACGGUGGGACGGGGGAGUUAACGAUAUAAUAUUUAGAAAGAAAGGGCUGUCUCAUUAGGAUAUUUCUUCAAAAAUUUUGAAUAUAUAACACUAAUUUAGGCAUUAGGGGACCAUUCCUUAAAACAUGUAUUAAGGGGACAAUUUGCAGUUUUCCUUAGAAUCGAUUUUUUAAUGAUGUGAUGACAUAUUUGUAGCCUUCAAAGCCCAAUUAAUGUUUGGCUGUAUUCAUUUUUCCGAUACACCUUAUAAA